CGAGUUCACAGCUGAAUUUAAACAGAAUUCCCAAAUAAUGACAAAGCACAAUGAUACCGUGCAUUUAUGCCGCGCACCUAUAUAGUAUAUAGGUCGCUCACGGACGCUUAUGUCGGGCACCUCUUCUGAGAAGAGUCGACUGCAGAUGGGAGCUUUAUAUUGUUCGGUAUUAUUAGCUUGGCCAUGCCACAAGGAAUCGACUGAUGUGUGAUGCGAAUAUGUCAGAUGAACAGCACAGAAGAAAUUGACGUUUAGCUGAGUCAACUUCUUAUUGGGACGCAUUGUAGGUACUUUUGUUUCGUUUUUUUUUUUGUCAUCCAUGGCAAUAAGGAGCACUUUUCUAUAACAACCAUAGUGAUAUAUUUUGGCCCCGUUACGAGCAAAAUUAUCUCAAUGGAAUAACUUCCAGAGUUUGCUUUGCGAGUCAGUCUUCAUUUGGCUAGAGCGCUCGAGCCAUAUCGAGACCGACGGCCCGCGGUCCGGUCCCCAUCGCUCAGUAUGUGAGUGGGCGGUCCUUCCGUUCGGUGGGGGCGCUGCCGGGCAGCGGUUGGUCGCUCUCCCCUCGCUCCCCUGCGCUGAUUGGUGCGUGAGGAGACGGCGCGGCGACUGGCCUGGCCCCGCGGCGGUGUCGCUUCUCCGCCGUCCUCUCCUGGGCAACCCAGCUGCCGUCAGAGCCGUCAGAGGAGUCGAGACAGUCGAAGGAGUCGGAGUACAGUCGCUAUCGUCGCCAAGAUGAGCCCGAGCCCGUUGUUCCGUCCCUGGGACGGCCACACGAGUCUGACAGGAGUGAGGAGUCCGCAGCUGCCGCGGCCCGCGGCGCCCGACACUCCUAACUCGGAGAGCUCACCAGCCAGUCCCAGGAGUGCACCGGCCAGCCCUGCGUCCAUCGGGCUACCUGCCAGCCCCGUGAGUCUGCCCGCCAGUCCUGCCAGCCAGCCUGUCAGCGCUCUUGACAGUCUCACAGUCCGGUCUGCCAGUUCUCGGAGCCGUCCUGUCAAUAUGUCUGCCAGCACUUCCAGCAGCCCUGUCGGUCUACCCGCCAGUCCUGCCAGUCUACCUGCCAGCCCCGCCAGUCUACCUGCCAGCCCUGUCGGUCUGCCUGUCAGCCCUCGAGGUUUGAUUGACUGGCGGCUGUGCGGUGGGUCGACUGGUGUCGAGCUGCCGCGUCUUCUGUGGCCGUCGGCACUGUCUGCUGGCUGUGACCCGUGGUCGGCCGCUGCUCUAGCUGAGGAGGAGCGCCGGCGGGCUGACGCCAGCAGAAGACGUCUGAAGAAGUUUGGCUGUCCCAAGUGUCCGAUGAUGUUCUCCAACCGGGGCCAGCUGGCUGGACACUACAGGAAGCACACAGGCGAGCGGCCGUUUGAGUGCGAGACGUGCCACAAGCGGUUCACGCGGAACGAGGAGCUCACCCGACACACGCGCAUCCACACGGGCGACCGGCCGUUCGGCUGUGAGCUCUGCGGCAAGCGGUUCGGCCGCAAGGACCACCUCAACAAACACCAGCGGACCCACGCGGCGCCCCUGUACGCCGCCGGACUGCCGGCCGCGCUGCUGGGCCUCUCCCCGCUGGAACUCAGCAGCUACCUGCACGGCAGCGUGUUCGGAGCGCCGGUGUUCUGAGGGUGUUCAAGCAGAUGUUGGAGAAACUGUUCUGUGCUGAUCUGGUGUGUUGAAAUGGAGAGUGCUUUUAAGAUGUGCCGUUAUUGAUGAACCGAGUAACUCUCAAAUGGUACCUGUGAUAUUUUGCACUGUGUGUAUGAACUUAUUUUGUGUAUCGAUGGUUUAAUAAACUGCUCAUCUUUGUCUA